AUGGGGGGGAGAAGGCUGGGGCGUGGUGAUCCAGGUCUUACUGCUAGCCGCGCACCCAGCUCUCCAGAGCGUGUGCAGCCGAGCGCCCCGGCCGCGGUUCCCCGGAUGGAUGAAAAUUACAAUCUCUUGCCGCACGGAGUCAAUUUCCAAGAUGCCAUCUUUCCAGACACACAGGAGAACAGAAGGAUGUUUUCUGUCCUUUUCCAGUUUGCUAACUGUUCCCAAGGGCAGCAGCUGACAACUUCCUCGAGUGACUGGGAGAUCCAGGAAGACAACAGGGCUUCACAGUUCAAGCAUGAAGAAUGUGUGGCUAUGUUAUUAGAACACGGUGCUGAUCCAAAUGCUAUUGACGACAGUGGGAACACCGCACUGCACUAUGCUGUUUGGCAUAACAGCACCUCAAUGACAGCCAAACUGCUGGCACACAAUGCCGACUUCAGUAUAAAAAAUGAGGAAAGCUUUACACCACUUACACUGGCUCGAAUGAAAAAUGACAACCUGGCAAAACUUUUAGAAGACCAGAAAGAAAAGAUAAAGGAACUUGAUGAAUUAGAAAGGUCUUCAAAGAAAACUUCCAAUGAAAAAGAAGAGGUCAAAGAACAAGGAAAUCAUAUGCUUGACCUUAAGGAACUAAUAUCAUGUGAGGGAAACUCAAAGGACUGUGAGCAGUACAGUUGUGACACUAUUUUGCAUUUUAUUGAAGAGCUCAUGAGACAGAGAAAAGAUAUAAAUUCUGAGAUCCUAGUGAAAAUCUGGGGUGCAGUUUAUACAUAUAAAAGAUCAAUAGACUUUGAAAAACAUAACUGUGAACUAAUUGAAGAAGAUUGUGAACGUAUAAGUAAUGAAAUUAUUGCACUGCGAGAGGAGUGGUCUCAACUAGAGAUUGAAAAUGCUGAACUGCAAGAUGAGCUAUGCAGUUUGAGGGCCACCCUUGAAAAUUUAGAAUUAAAUGAUGCAGCAAGCCUCCAAGCAGAGGAGAAUGAAGAGCUUUCAAGAACCCCGGUUCAAGAAGAACAGUUUAAGUUGUACCUGUCACUGACACAGAGUUUGCAUGAAAUGAGAAGAAGAAAUAGUGAACUAGAAGAAGAAAUAGACAGGUAUAUGGAUCUGUGCACAAUGAUGGAGGAGGACUCAGAUGCACAUCAAAAUGGAGAGUUUUCAGGUUAUAAUGCUUCAAGUACAAGUCACUGCGAAGAGGAUACGGUACUGAAACUAAGAGAGAAGCUUGAAAGUAUGGAAACAAAACUACAACAAGAAUUAAUCCGCUGCCAAUGCAAGGAAGAUGAAAUUAAUCUUUGGGAGCAGAAAAUAGCAGAAAGGACAGCAGCCCGGGAGAACCGUGAAGCGGAAGAGGGUAGAAUAAAGCAGCUUGAAGAGAAAAUACUCAGCCUCAAAGCCGAUAUGGACAAGAACAUGGUAGAGCGAAGUGAGGUAGAAAAUCAUAAGAAAGCCAUUGAAGAGCAAGCUAGGAGUCAACUCAUGGAAAAAAUAAACCAAGAGAACCAAGUCUUACGGGAACUAGCUGCCUCUGAGCAACAGAAAGAUCAGGAAAGACAGGAUUACAUCAUGUCACUGGAGCAUAGAUAUAAGGAAAUUGAACUUGAGAUUGUGGAAACAAAAUCUCGUGCAAUUUCUGUGAAAGCACAACGGAGAACAUUUGAAGAAAAAUAUAGAGCAGAAUUGCAACUUGAAGAACGAUUGAAAUAUGAACUUGAAAAUAUUUACAGGAGUAUUGUGGAGUUACAGAACACCAAGUCCAGGCUUUCCUCUGAGAGAAGGAUGAACAGGCUGUCACACAUCCACACUCAGCACAGAUCUGUCUCAGAGGGAACCAGUGACAGCAGUCUUCAGAAUAUCUUUGGGUUCAACAGCAUAGGGGCCACGAUUUAAGUCCACAUUCAAGAAGGAGAGCUUGGUGGGAUAGCUUAAUAAAGUUAGUUAUGCUUUUGUCUCUCUAAGUGUUUCAGGUUCCUGAUAGUAUUGUAUUUUAAGUUUGAUGAACCACUGAAGUGGAUAGCUGACACAAAAUUCUCAUUUUUCAGAUAUGCUCCUUUGUUAACCUGAGUCAGUAAAUAGAACAUAUUUGGAAUAUUUUAAAUUUCUUUCCAAUUGGAUCUUGAAUGAUAUUUCCAACAAAACCUGAAUGUUUGUUGACAAGACACAGUGGGUAGUGGUUCUUGCCACCAUUUGAACACAAUGUUCAUUCCCUGGACCCCAUGUAGUAUGAGGAGUGAACCUCUUUAGUGUUGUCCUCUGGCUAUAACAGAGGAGGUGUGGCAUGCACAUUAAGACAACUUAAAGUGUAUUCCUAUUUAUAUCCAUUUUUACCUUUCAGGUGACACUGUUUUAUCUGGGACUUAAGUAUUUAGUGGUUUUAUAAACAAUUUUUGGGGUCAUAUCCACCAUUUUCACUUAAAGAUUGAAAGUUAAACUCUUAACCGCAUGUGCAUAGUUGAUUUUAAGAAUUCCUCCCCUCCUCUGACAUAGGCAAAUCCAUAUUUUCUCUCUUUAGAAAACAAAUGGUCCAACAAAUGAACAAACAUACCAAAUUUAAACAAAGCAAAAUGAUAAACCAACAAUCACAUCAAGUCCUUAACAUCCAGGAAAAAUCACAAGAAACACAGAAAACUAAUUCAUUGUUAAGCGUUUUAAAUAUUUUUAUAUAUAAGAAAGCAUAUAUAUCAGUAAUCUUGCUUAAUUAUCCUUUAGUAAAAGGUUUCCAAAAUGUAACUCAGAAAAUAUUUUAAGUGAAAAAGUCUUUCUGGAAAGUAGCCGAAAGUUUUCAUAUUAUCCCCUAAUAAUAUUAAUUUCUCUCCAUCCCAUUUAUUUGAAAAAUUUCUUAUUUGAAAUUUCCCUAAAAGUAUCACGGCUUUUAGGAGCACCCAGUAAGUAUGUUCUGUCAUAGUUUAAUUGUAAAGACACAGUGAAUAGAGAUAAUAUUCAUGUUGAUACAUAUAUUUGUUGAGAUGGUGGAAUUAUGUACAGAAAUAAAACAGUGCAAUUACAAGAA